CACCGAAUCAUAAAUGCAUUGUUGAACUAGAGUCGUCACAACUCUACCCACAACCCCAUAUUUUCUCUCAUCAUUCAAGCUCGACUUUCAAGUCUUGCAUAAAGUCCUUGUUAAUUGGGUUCUCUGAACAUUCAAGUUAUGCUUUGCUAAGCUCAAUUAGGCAUGUUACAAGAGAGUAUGAACUAUCCAUCAACUCAAUUUGCCACCUCAAGACAAAUGGGGAUAUAUGAGCCGUUCCGGCAGGUGGGUGUGUGGAGAGAAACCUUCAGUGGUGGUAACGGCUCAAAUAUAGGUGCUUCCACAGUUGUAGAGGUGGAUUCUGGGCUAGAAAACAAGGUCGGAUUUGGUUCUCAUGAAUCGAUGGGACCUUCUGGAAAUGAUCAAGAAUCAAACAGAUCUGCUGAUAAGGUACAGAGACGCUUAGAGCAAAAUCGUGAAGCUGCUCGCAAAAGUCGUAUGAGGAAAAAGGCUUAUGUCCAACAACUAGAAACAAGCCGUUUAAAACUGGCGCAACUGGAGCUCGAACUGGACAGGACUAGAAAACAGGUAGCCUAUGGAGGCAGUUCAUUUGGUGGUAGUCAUUUGGGAUACAAUGGAAUUGUGAAUUCAGGGAUCACUACAUUUGAGUUGGAAUAUGGACACUGGGUAGAAGAGCAGCAUAGACAGAAUAAUGAACUUCGAAAAGCAUUGCAAGAACAUGCAACUGAUAUAGAGCUUCGAUUACUUGUAGAAGGUGGUUUGAACCACUAUGCUACUCUGUUCCGUAUGAAGGCAGAUGCUGCUAAGGCUGAUAUCUUUUACCUACUGUCUGGUAUAUGGAGAACAUCAGUAGAACGUUACUUUCACUGGAUUGGAGGAUUUCGCCCAUCAGAGCUUCUAAAUAUUAUCGAGCCCCAACUUGAGCCAUUGACUGAUCCACAACCUCUGGAUUUCUAUAACCUGCGGCAAUCAUCUCAGCAAGCUGAAGACGCUCUCUCACAGGGAAUGGAUAAACUACAGCAGACACUGGCCAAGACAUUAGAAGCUGAUCAAAUAUGGAGCGGAGAAACUUAUGGAUCUCAGAUGGCUGCUGCAUUUGAGAAAUUUGAAGCACUGGAGAGCUUUGUUAGCCAGGCUGAUCACCUUCGACAGCAGACUCUGCAGCAAAUGUCCCGAAUCCUGACAACUCACCAAGCGGCUCGCGGCUUGCUUGCAUUAGGAGAGUACUUUGAGCGUCUUCGUGCCCUCAGUUCUCUUUGGGCUGCUCGUCCACCUGAACCAACUGAGUCAUAUGCAUUUUGAUCUCCAUAUAUAUGUAUUUUCUCCACUACUUCUCCUGUAUCAGAAGGUGUAAAUAUGCAGCUCAGUCCAGUGUGUACCAAUUCAAAACAUAUAUAGGUUUUUGAGUUCAUGUUCCCAAUGCCCGUAGCAUAGUAGUUUUUGGGUAGAUUUAUUUGAAAUGCUGGAUGGGUUACCAGUACUUGAUGUGUAUAUUUUAGACAAUUAUUCCUAUGCAUGCCCACAAUUGGUGGUGUUUUAGUUGUUA